GGGCAGCGGGAGCCCGAGCGCCGCGCACCAUGGCCGCGCAGGGCGAGCCCGGGUACCCGGCGGCGCAGUCCGACCCCGGCUCCAACAGCGAGCGCAGCACCGACUCGCCGGUGCCCGGCUCGGAGGACGACCUGGCCGGGGCGCCCCCGCACAGCCCCGAGUGGAGCGAGGAGCGCUUCCGCGUGGACAGGAAGAAACUCGAGGCCAUGCUGCAAGCUGCGGCCGAGGGAAAAGGCAGGAGCGGGGAAGACUUUUUUCAGAAGAUUUCCAAUUUCUUGAAAGAAGCCAGGCAUGCCCCAGCCGCAGCCACCUCCUUCCGGAAUACUGGAGAGAGGUGGUGGAGAAGCCUGGCUUGGCUUGUCGUGGUCAAAACCCCAGACCUGAGCAUAGCAGGAAAGUUCUCGGAGUCAUCUGAAGCCCAGUUCCAGGCCUGUAUCAUGGAGGAGACAAACACGCAGAUUGCUUGGCCGUCCAAACUGAAGAUCGGAGCGAAAUCCAAGAAAGACCCCCACAUCAAGGUUUCUGGAAAGAAGGAAGACGUGAAAGAAGCCAAAGAAAUGAUCAUGUCUGUCCUAGACACAAAAAGCAACCGGGUGACCUUGAAGAUGGAUGUUUCUCACACGGAGCACUCGCACGUCAUCGGCAAAGGCGGUAACAAUAUCAGGAAGGUGAUGGAAGAGACAGGCUGCCACAUCCACUUUCCGGAUUCCAACAGGAAUAACCAGGCAGAAAAAAGCAACCAGGUAUCUAUAGCAGGACAACCAGCAGGAGUAGAGUCUGCCCGAGUGAGGAUUCGGGAGCUGCUUCCCUUGGUGCUGAUGUUUGAGUUACCAAUUGCUGGAAUCCUGCAGCCAGUCCCCGACCCCAACUCCCCUUCCAUUCAGCACAUCUCACAGACGUACGGUGUCUCCGUGUCCUUCAAGCAGCGCUCACGGAUGUACGGGGCGACUGUCAUCGUACGAGGUUCCCAGAAUAAUACGAGUGCUGUGAAGGAAGGAACGGCCAUGCUGUUGGAACACUUGGCAGGCAGCCUGGCGUCUGCCAUCCCCGUGAGCACGCAACUGGACAUUGCAGCCCAGCAUCACCUCUUCAUGAUGGGCCGAAAUGGGAGCAACGUGAAACACAUCAUGCAGAGGACUGGGGCGCAGAUCCACUUUCCUGAUCCCAGCAAUCCACAGAAGAAAUCCACCGUCUACCUCCAGGGCACCAUAGAGUCCGUCUGCCUUGCAAGGCAAUAUCUCAUGGGUUGUCUUCCCCUUGUGCUGAUGUUUGAUAUGAAGGAAGAAAUUGAAGUUGACCCGCAGUUCAUCGCUCAGUUGAUGGAGCAGCUUGAUGUUUUCAUCAGUAUUAAACCAAAGCCAAAACAGCCAAGCAAGUCUGUGAUUGUGAAAAGUGUUGAGCGAAAUGCCUUAAAUAUGUAUGAAGCAAGGAAAUGUCUCCUCGGACUUGAAAGCAGUGGGGUUACCAUAGCAACCAGUCCAUCCCCAGCAUCGUGCCCUGCCGGCCUGGCAUGUCCCAGCUUGGAUAUCUUGGCUUCGGCAGGCCUCGGACUCACUGGACUAGGUCUGUUGGGACCUACUGCCUUGUCGCUAAACACCUCAACUUCCCCAAACUCACUCCUGAAUGCGCUUAACAGCUCAGUCAGUCCUUUGCAAAGUCCGAGUUCCAGCACCCCGAGCCCCACGUUGUGGGCACCCCCACUUGCUAACACUUCAAGUGCCACAGGUUUCUCUGCUAUACCACACCUGAUGAUUCCAUCUGCUGCCCAGGCUACCUUAACCAAUAUUUUGUUGUCUGGAGUGCCUACCUAUGGGCACACAGCCCCAUCUCCCCCACCAGGCUUGACUCCUGUUGAUAUUCAUAUCAACAGCAUGCAAACAGAAGGCAAAAAAUUACCAGCCUCUUUAAAUGGACACGCACAGUCUUCAAACAUGAAAUAUGGUGCAAUAUCCACUUCAUCACUUGGAGAAAAAGUGCUGAGUGUGAAUCAUGGUGAUCCCUCCCUGCAGAGCACUGGGCCGGAGCAGACUUCCUCCAAGUCAAACCCUGCAGAAGGUUGUAAUGACGCUUUUGUUGAAGUGGGCAUGCCAAGAAGUCCUUCCCAUUCUGGGAACGCAGGUGACUUGAAGCAGGUGCUGGGCCCCUCCAAGGUCUCCCGUGCCAAGCGGCAGACAGUGGAGUUACUGCAAGGCACAAAGAACUCCCAGCUACGCAGCACCGACAGGUUGCUCUCGGACCCUGAGCUAAGUGCUGCAGAAAGUCCUCUGGCUGACAAGAAGGCCCCGGGGAGCGAGCGAGCAGCUGAGAGAGCCGCAGCUGCCCAGCAGAACUCAGAGCGCGCCCGCCUGGCCCCGCAGCCUCCGUAUGUGCACAUGCAGGCAUUUGACUAUGAACAGAAGAAGUUACUAGCCACCAAAGCGAUGUUAAAGAAACCAGUGGUAACUGAGGUCAGAACGCCUACCAACACCUGGAGUGGCCUCGGGUUCUCAAAGUCCAUGCCUGCCGAGACCAUCAGGGAGCUGAGAAGAGCCAACCACGUGUCCUACAAGCCCACGAUGACAACUGCCUAUGAGGGCUCCUCCAUGUCCCUCUCACGGUCCAGUAGUCGCGAGCACCUGGGAAGUGGCAGUGAAUCUGAUAACUGGAGAGACCGAAAUGGACUAGGACCCGCAGGUCACCACGAAUUGGCAGCGCCCAUUGGCAGCCCCAAGCGCAAGCAGAAUAAAUCAGCCGAGCAUUAUCUCAGCAGCAGCAAUUACAUGGACUGCAUUUCCUCGCUGACGGGGAGCAAUGGCUGCAGCCUCAACAGCUCCUUCAAAGGCUCCGACCUCCCUGAGCUUUUCAGCAAGCUGGGCCUGGGCAAAUACACAGACGUCUUCCAGCAACAAGAGAUUGAUCUUCAGACGUUCCUCACGCUCACCGACCAGGACCUGAAGGAGCUUGGAAUCAGCACCUUCGGUGCCAGGAGGAAAAUGCUGCUCGCCAUCUCAGAGCUAAAUAAAAACCAAAGAAAACUUUUUGAACCACCGAACGCACGCACCUCUUUCCUGGAAGGCGGAGCAAGUGGGAGGCUGCCUCGCCAGUAUCACUCAGACAUCGCCAGUGUCAGUGGCCGCUGGUAGCAGAGCCAUCUGGACACCUGCUACCUACACAGUGGACGUGAUUGCUGGACAUGAUCUGUGAACAGCCUUCACUGCAUCCCCUCCUCAGCAUUCUGGGUGUCUGGUAUCAGGACCAAAGCAUCAAACUCAGACCUACUUUAUGGCAGAAAGGAAGAGAAGAGAGGUGGCGCCAAGCAAGCCCCAAAGAUGGACUGCUUCUUCCAAUGGCAAUUGGACAAAAUUUGCAAGAUAAGGGUAGGGCUUUACUUCUUAUUUACCUGUAUUACAUAUGCACUGAUAUAUAUAUAUAUAUAUAUUUACUUAAAAUGAAGGAGAAAUUGAUAUCUGGGAUGCCAGAAAAUUUAGAAGUUAUUUUAUUGGUUUGCUUGGUUUUGGUAUUUGGGGAUUUGAAAAAAAAAUCAAAGUGGUAUUUUCUGGCAUUACUUUAAAAUAAUUAUUGAGGUCCUCCAGCACUUUACAUGGUUCCCUUUCUCAGCCUGUGGAAUGACUCUCUCUCCCACCCACCCCCCCUUUUCAUGUCUUCUGACAUUGGUACAAAUCAGAUCUGUUCACAUAUUCCUGACCCCAUCACAUUCUUGUUUGAAAUGGUACUGGAUACUAGUCUCUAGGCAGAAUUUUCUGUGGCAUUGGGAAAUGUGAGCCCACUUGGCUCUGGACCAAUUCUGUUCAUUUGUGUCAACAUCCUAGAAACUUGGCUGUGACCAUAGUUCGCUGUCACAGGUACAAAGACAGACCAAAUGGACUCUGCAAUACUAACCCUUCGCAGCCAUCAUAGGUAGCUGCUGCCUACACUGCUAGAAUGAUUUUAAUGGUGGUUGAAAGGCAAAGGGCUUUUUUUUUUUUUUAGUAUACUGCCACUAAAGGACAUUUAUUUAUAUCAAACUUUUAUUUUUAGAUAUUAUAAGCAUACAGUACAUAAUUGAUGAAAUUGAUAUUUACUAGAGAUUUAUGGUACAGAAUGGACGGCAUUCAAUAACUGGAGCCUGAGAUUGUCACUUUAUUUAAAAAGACAAAUAACCAUCUGACAAGACAGCACUGUUGCCAUUUUGAAAAGGCUAUGGUCCUUCCUUACCGUGCCCAGUAGCUACGCUCCCUGUGGUCAUGGGCCUUCCUCAAAGUGCAUCUGUCUGCUCGAAGCUGACUUGUGUUUGUUGAAAAUGGAAAGGCUUUACUUAAGUCUCCAGGGUGACAGCUUAUAAGAGAGCUGGAUUCUGAGGGAAAAAAUGUUUCCUAAGUGGCUAGAUUUAUUGUUACAAUCUUAUACUGUGAAAGUUGAAGAAAUCAGACAUUAAGUCUUUUGACUUUCAAAUGAUUUUCAAUCCAUGAAGAAAAUCACUUAAGUGCCUUUCUUCAAAGCAAUAUUAUUUCCAAGCAUAUUAAUUGUUGGAAAACUUUUCCCAUAGGGAAAAUUGUCACCUUUAGUGAUUUAUUUAUGCUCUGUAUUUCAAGACUUUCCAGAUGAACAUAAACCACUUACAAGUACUCAGUAGAUGGCAUUUGACGAGCUUAAAAAUCUAGAGAUUUGUAUACCCACCAGAUAAAUACUUGCCUAAUAUGUUUUCCAAAGCUAAGUCCAAUCAGUAAAGAAUUAAAGAGACUUUUUGCAUACAGAAAAGUUUAAAAACAGUACUGGUUAUCUGGAAGAUUAGUCAUGGGUUUUCCGCAACAUCAAUAUGUAUCUGGCACUAAACUAAGCCUUAACUGCUUUGGGAUACCAAAGGCACCCCAUGGAGAUACUGUGACCAUCUUGUGGGCAGGUAACCAUCCCCGAAGCUCACUACACAUCCGGCAUGUGAUUCCUCUUGGUCCACACGGUUCUCUAAAUUUUGUUAUUUAUUAAAUAUAAUCUUUCCCAGAUUAAAUAAGUCAUUUGUCAACUGUGCCAUAUCAUGUGUUCACAAGAGGAAGGAGAAUUAAUGCUCAGUAUUUAGCUGAUUUAGGCUUUAUGAACAGUGUUGUAAAAGUACACCGGGGGAAUCUGCCCACUUACACCAGAUUAAAUAGGGAGGCUAAAAACUUAAAACACUGGAAAUCAUUUUUUCUCACUUUCUCUUGAUGCAAUAAAGGGAAUUUGACACUACA